CACGUGCACGUCCCCAGUGACGGGGAAUGGUGACAUGAAUAAGGACUGCGUACCCGCCUCCUGGCACUGUGAUGGCCAAAAUGACUGCCCGGACAAGACGGAUGAAGUGGGAUGUCCCACAUGCCGGGUGGAUCAGUUCAGCUGCCAGUCCGGCGAGUGCUUCGACAAGGCUCUGAUCUGCGAUGGUAUCACCUGUGACAACUGUGCGAAUGUCCACGAUGAGGCCGACUACUGCAAGCGGCCAGGAGACUUUCAGUGUCCCAUCAACAAGCUUUGCAUAUCGGCCGCCCUGCUCUCCGAUGGCUGACAGGACUGUGCGGCGCAUUGCCCUGCCUCUGAUAU